GUAGGCCGACAGAAGGGUCCUUCGGUGGCCAGCUUAGGCCCCUCGGCGACUUCUCGGCUCGCACACUCCAGUAAAUGCACCAAAGGGUUAGCAGAGUUAGCCGCCGCGCCCCUCCCCAGGCCCUUCCGGCGGCCGCCGCCCUUUAACCUCGGAAGUGGGUGGGAGAGGAAGCGGCUGGUGAUGUUGGAGCAAACAUGGCCGCCCCGGCGCCAGUGGGCCUCUCGGGCUCCGGCUGUCUUCCGCUGGCCGCGGGACUCCAGCUGCUCCCGAUGCUGGGGCUGCUGCAGCUUCUGGCUGAGCCCAGCCUGGGCCGCGUCCACCAUCUGGCACUCAAGGAUGAUGUGAGGCAUAAGGUUCAUCUGAACACCUUUGGGUUCUUCAAGGAUGGGUACAUGGUUGUUAACGUCAGCAGCCUGUCACUGAAGGAGCCUGAAGGAGGCAAGGAUGCCACUGUUGGAUUCAGCCUAGACCGUACAAAGAAUGAUGGCUUUUCUUCUUACCUGGAUGAAGAUGUGAAUUACUGUAUUUUAAAGAAAGAGUCUGCCUCUGUCACCCUUCUAAUCCUAGACAUCUCCAGAAGUGAAGUAAGAAUAAAGUCUCCACCAGAAGCUGGUACCCAGUUACCAAAGAUCAUCUUCAGCAAGGAUGAGAAAGUCCUUGGUCAGAGCCAGCAGCCCGAUGUUAUCCCUGUUUCAGCAGGCAACCAGACUCAGAAAAAACAAGACAAUGGAAAGUCUAAAAGAAGUACGGUGGAUCCAAAGGCAAUGGGAGAGCAAUCCUUUUCUAUUCAUAAUAAUGAUGGGGCAGUUUCAUUUCAGUUUUUCUUUAACAUCAGCACUGAUGAGCAAGAAGGCCUGUACAGUCUUUAUUUUCAUAAAUGCCGUGGAAAGGACUUGCGGCCUGGUGACAAGUUUUCAUUCAGCCUUGAUAUUGAUAUCACAGAGAAGAAUCCUGAUAGCUACCUCUCAGCAGGAGAAAUUCCUCUGCCCAAAUUGUACAUUUCUAUGGCAUUUUUCUUCUUCCUUUCUGGGACCAUCUGGAUUCACAUCCUUCGAAAACGACGGAAUGAUGUAUUUAAAAUUCACUGGUUGAUGGCGGCUCUUCCUUUCACCAAGUCUCUUUCCUUGGUGUUCCAUGCAAUUGACUACCACUACAUCUCCUCCCAGGGCUUUCCUAUUGAAGGUUGGGCUGUUGUGUACUACAUAACUCACCUUUUGAAAGGAGCACUACUGUUCAUCACUAUCGCACUCAUCGGCACUGGCUGGGCUUUCAUUAAACACAUCCUUUCUGAUAAAGACAAAAAGAUCUUCAUGAUUGUCAUCCCACUCCAGGUCCUGGCAAACGUAGCCUACAUCAUCAUAGAGUCCACUGAGGAGGGCACGACCGAGUAUGGCUUAUGGAAGGACUCUCUGUUUCUAGUUGACCUGCUGUGCUGUGGAGCCAUCCUCUUCCCAGUGGUGUGGUCAAUCAGACAUUUACAAGAAGCGUCAGCAACAGAUGGAAAAGCUGCUAUUAACUUAGCAAAGCUGAAACUUUUCAGACAUUAUUACGUCUUGAUUGUGUGUUACAUAUACUUCACCAGGAUUAUUGCAUUCCUCCUCAAACUCGCUGUUCCAUUCCAGUGGAAGUGGCUCUACCAGCUCCUGGAUGAAAUGGCCACGCUGGUAUUCUUUGUUCUAACGGGGUAUAAAUUCCGUCCAGCAUCAGAUAACCCCUACCUGCAACUUUCUCAGGAAGAAGAUGACUUGGAAAUGGAAUCUGUAGUGACAACGUCAGGGGUGAUGGAGAACGUGAAGAAAGUCAAGAAGGUGACCAAUGGCUCUGUGGAGCCCCAGGCUGACUGGGAAGGCGCCGUGUGAUGGGGCUGACUUUGAGGAUGGCGCACCGUCAAAGAAAACUUUUAAUUUAUUAAUAGUCCUACUGGUGAGCAAGAGCAGUUCCUGACAGUGAACUAUUGGCAUCUCCGACAGUGACACCACAGAGCACGUGGCUGGGAGCAAAGUGCCACAGAAACCUAACCUUGUACUCUCCUAUGGAAGCUGUGUCUGUGGCUGGUGACGGGCAGCUAGAGUUCUCCUGCAGGAAGGAGUGGCGGGGAGGGAUAGAGGGAGAGCGGGGAGGAAGAGAAUAGCAAGAAUUUGUUCUUAAUUUAAAUUCUUUUUUCAGGUGGGAGCUCUAGGGUGUGUGCAGUUGCGACCCCACGCGUGGCAGCGUAGGAGUGUUGGUGGGAGGGCAGGGAGGCUGGGAGGUAUGAGUGAUGCCAGUCACGGUACAGAAGCCCGGCUGUGGGACGUGGUCAGGUGUCUACUGAGGACUUACAAAGAAGGGAAAGCAAGAGUGUCCUUGCAUUUUUGGGAGGACAAAAAUGAAUGAAAUUGGUUAUUUUAGAAAGCAAAGUCCCAACCCAGUUUAGUCUGUGGCACCUGCCCCAGCAUUCCUGGCCCUGAAGGUUGCCCUUUAUUCCAGAUUUUGAAAGUGACCAGGAUCCGAUAGCUCUAGAGGCCUAGUGGUCUUCUUUCCAAAAGAUUUGAGGGUUGCAAUGUCACUGUCAGGGUCAUGGUCCUGGGAAAUGGGACCAGGGGAUGGGAAAUGGUUUUCUUGAUUGCGUGUAGUCUGUAUUGCCUAGUGGGUGGAAAGAAAUGUAUUUUUAAGCUCAAAAAGCAUUUUCCUGUAGGACUUCCCUGAACAUCUGGCUCCCCCAUCUCUUGUUUCCCCUCUCCUCUUGUGGCUUCUAUCUAUUUUAUGUGAUAAGAAUUUUGGGAAAAAUGGGAAGGAACUUUCCUUAAGGGCAGCUGGGGGCAGAAAGGCAGCGUUUAAGUAAACACAUAAGUACAAGCAAAUCAUCCUCAUUAAAAAGCUGUUCCUAUAGGUUAGGUAUGACUUUCGAGUACAGGAAUUAAACAGACUUGGUCCCCAUGUCCCAAGAGUAUGCACAUGAAGAAGAUGAGUGUGAUUAAACUGUUUACACUCAGGGAUUUUGGGAGAGUGACAUCUUUCACAGAAACUCAAUGGAGUUCCCUUCCAAACCUUCAGAGCUUGGGGCUAAACACAAGCAGUUGCCUGAAGUGAGCAGUGUUAUGACUCAGAGAUUAGUCACUUCAUCAAUGGGACGAGCUCCGAAGGUCCGUUGUGACCAUGAGCUUACCAGGAGACCCAAGCAUGGCCCUGUCAGGAACGCUGCUUGGGGGGCCAGCUGGGUAGGGCUGCUUCCAGAAGCUUGAGCCCACUCCUGCCUGGACUUGUCGUUGAGCCUGCCCCUGCAGGAGACAGGGACCUCCUGGUGGGGUGACUGUCACCCGUCACCUCUGACUCAGCAGGGCCAAUCAGAAACCACGGGAUUCAGGGUCAUACUUGCUAUCCCAGGGUUGGGAACCUGAAAAGUCUCUGCUUAGCAAACAGUUGUUUUCCCUCUCUCAUGGCAUUUUCACUGCCUGAAUGACCCGUGAGGAAGCAAGUGUUCUUUCUGUGCACUUUUCUCAGCAUUCUGUGCUCUGGCUGGUCCCGCCUGCUGGCUCACAUGGCAGAGUGAGCCUCUUCCCGGGCCCAACUGCUUGCCUCCCGGCAGAGAUUUUAGGGAAGUGUUUGUGUAACUUCCCAUCUUCCGGAGAAGGGUAAAUACAUCCAAAGGAUUCACUUAAGGGAAUUCUUUCUUAAAAAAUUAACUUGGAGCUAUAUAAAGGAGGGAGGAUGGGAGUAUUUUUAAUACUUUGUUUUCCUGUGCACAUACACAGUAGUAGUGCUGCAGGCGUGUGUCGCAUGCCGUGACCACCAAAACCCUCCUGGGUACUUCCUUCAGAGGGACACGUUUGCUGCUUCUCCUACCAGCAGAUGUUGUUGACUGGGCAGCGGCCUCCUUGGCAGGAACAAAAGGUGUGAUGGGACCUCCCUCCUAGACAGGGUCUCCAUGGAGGUGUCCCAAAUUCACAUGCUGGGGUUUUGAAACAAGGAAACCCGUGAGUGGAGGAGUAGAGGGAGGGUGAGCAUGUGUGUGGACGGGCACUGUCCGGCCGGGUGGCCAAGACUGGAGCCUGCGUGAUCCUGCCGGCCCGUGAGCCUGGGCGCUGGGCAUCCUUCAGAUCCCAUGGGCGCCUCUGGGCUAACCCCAGCAGGGCCACGUGGCUGCAGCUUUACUGUCCUGACCCUUCUGGAGCAGCAGUGCACAGACAAGACAGGGUGGCCUUUUAUAAGUCAAGGCCACAGCCUGUCUAACAGGCAGGUUGUCUGGCCACGUCCUAGCAACUGGUAGAAGGUUUGAAGUCAGGCUGAUAAUAAGAAAAAUCAAAACCCCAGCCCAGGACUGGGAAAACAGGUGGUGGUUCCAGGCUUUUGAAAAAUUAUCUAAGCUCUCCAUCCUGUUCUAUAAAUUUGUCUUCUUUCUCCAUCACUUAGUAGCUGUGCCCAGCAUUUAGCUGUCCUCCAGUAAAGAUGACCUACAGGGGUCCAAAGCCAGCUAGCCUCACCAGCUAACAAGCUGCCUUCCUGCAGCUUCCCGCAGGGCGCUCAGGCUCAUCGUAACACGGUGUUUGAGCUGUUAAGCCCGUGCAGUAUGUCAGGGAUUGGGCAGAAAAUAUCGGGUGCACAUCACAGAGCCAUUGGUGGUAUUUAUAGCUUCACUUUGUACUCCUACUCCCUGUUCCUGCCUGCACAGAAUAUCCAUGUUUCCUUUGAGAAAUCUGUUGUGGACUGAAAGUGCUGCUGGCUGCGAAAUUUAAUAAAGGGUGCGUAUUUGCUAGAAAAUUAUUUCUUGGGCAAGAAUAAUCAUUGAUCUCUUAAUCCUGGCACUUAACAGUGGCCAAGGACUUGCUCAGCCUGUUUCUUGGUCUCUCAGUGCUUUAAAAUGUAAGCAGAAAAGCAUUUUGUGCUGUUGAAUGUGGUUCUGGUGACUUGGUGGCUUGCUAUCUUAUAAGGAGGCGCUUGCUCCAGUGUUAAAGGCACAGGCUCCAAGCAGAGCCUGCGCCAGUUCAGUUUUCUCUCAAGAAACCUCUUUUGAAUAAAAUACUCAGUUCUCCCCCCGCCCCCCGCCCCGACAUGUCCAGCCAGCGGAGGCAGCACACAGCCUCCUAAGUCCCCUUCAUGUGACUGCUGUGGUGAAAUUUCCACUCCUGCAUUGUGAUCUCAUCAGAACCUCUGCCCCCUUUGUCCCGCAACCUUCCCUCCCCGACUCCCUCGCCUCCCUCCCCUCCUCCGUCAUCCCUCCUCCACCCCUUCUGCCCAGGCCUCCCGGGCUCACUGCAGGGCUCACUCCAGGAAUACGGGCUAAAGGCUUUGGUGCAUUGCAGCGUUUUCCCCCAGCAGCUGUGAGCAGGAUAUAGUUUCUACGCUAAGGAGGAUUUUAUUAAGAGAGUGCGUACUAAUGUCGUAUAUUAUUGCUUUGGGCUAUAUGUGAUGGUCUUCCUUCACACUAAAAUGUACGUCUUAUUUUAGUACUUGCAAGAGUCUGCUAUGAGGAACCAGUCCUUACAUGCCGAGGAGAGUGUGAAGGAUGCUGUGGUAGUUGCCAGUGGCACCCUGGCCGUCUCCCCCAUCCUGAAGCGUUUGCUUCGAGGAAGGCUCUCAGAACAUCAGACAGUCUGAUGAGGUGUUUGGCCCGGCUCCAUACACCCAGUAAAGCAGCCGAAUGGUUCAUGCCUCACACUGCCAAGCCGCUGAAUUUCAAAGGAAGCAGACCCCCGCCCGCCCCUGCACCCCUGUUCCCACACUCCACACCUCUCCCCCGUGCUCUUCUCGGACGCAGGCACACAGUGUGCCAAGUCCAGGGUGCCGCGGCCCGCUGCUUUAUUUUCCCAUUGGGAUUCAGUAAGUUAAUGGCUUCCCCACUAACAGAAUUAGACUUUGACUCAGUACCUCGCAUUGUAUCAAGAGGUAUCCAUCUGGAACAUACCAAAUGUUCUAGAAGAUCUGCUCUUUGCUCCAGUUUUCCCUAGGGUGUUUCUGGCAAGGAGUCUUUAAAAGACAUCCACCUGAGUUGAUGCUAAAACUUGUCACCACCUGGAAUGUAGUUAUUGGUCGGCAAGAUGAACAUUGUCCAAAUUCCCCAGGGGCUGCUUUUGUAGCCUGGUGGUGCACUUGUGCCCUCUCUGAGUGGUUUAUGCUUAAAAAACAGAUAAUGCUUUUAGACAGCUCCCUGCUAGGGCCUGGGACAUGCCCGUCCCUGAGAUACUGUGUGAAGAAAGCACCCCGAGGGGAGGGGCGCGAGGGAGCGAGGGCAGGUGCUGAUGGGGCCUGUGGGGCCCAGAUGGCAGCAAGUCUGCAGGCUGGGGGGCGGGGGGUGGUUCUGGGCGAAGUCGGUAAGGGUCAGUGUGAAACAGAAAAGCUAACUCACCCCAAGACAGCUUAUUUCAAUAUGACGCAAAUGUGUAAAAUAAAGAUUCUGGGGCAGAAAUGUAUGUUUGUGGGCAGGCAAAUCAGAGCCACAGGGCCUGCCUCCUUAGCGUUUGAGAUCCUAUUACAGGACCUAGAAAUCCUGUCCACAUAGUCGGGUGGUUCUUGACUCUUUAAGCAGCUUUGACAAAUUGCAUUUGCAUAGUCAUGUGACCUCGAAGUCGGACAUACUUAAUCCAGAAAUUUCAUUGGAGGGAGGCUUGCAGGUCUGUAAAUAUCAUUUGCUUUCCUGGUCAGAUUGGGAUGCAGGUUUUCAGUAUUGUUUUUUAACACUAAUGAUCAUUGAAGAGUAUUUACGUACACAUAUAAUAGGUGGGGAUCAGGUCAAGGCGUUAUAUGAGAUGAAUUCUCUUGCUGUGAUGCAAAUGUGUAAAAUAAAGAUUCUAUGACGGCA